GCUCCACCUACACCAUGACAGACACAACCCCAGUCGACCCGGUCGACCUCGACCCUAUCCCGGCCCUGGUCGACUCGUACGUCUUCCACUCGACCCUGCCAGACGACGCGACUGCGUCCACCGACGCGAACAAGCAGGGCUGGAUCAUGGGCAUCGACGAGGCGGGCCGAGGGCCCGUUCUCGGACCGAUGGUGUAUGCCGCUGCGUACUGCCCUUUGGUGUUCAAGCCCACGCUCGAGGGCAUCGGCUUCGACGACUCCAAAGCCCUCUCGGCCGAGACCCGCCAGGCCCUCUGGGACGCAUUCAAGGACAACAACGACCUCUGCUACUCGUCCGCUACCCUCUCACCACAGGCUAUCUCGGCCAACAUGCUCCGCCGGGUGCCGGUCAACUUGAACCGACAGGCCGAGGAGGCCACCAUGGGGCUGGUGCAGGCUGCUUUGGACCGGGGGUUGAACAUUAAAGAGUGCUACGUCGACGCCCUCGGCCCUAGUCAGCAGUGGCAGGACCGGCUUUCCCUUGCGUUCCCGUCCAUCUCGUUCACGGUGUGUCCCAAGGCCGACUCGAUCUACAAGAUUGUCGGUGCCGCAUCGAUCAUUGCAAAAGUGACCCGUGAUCGGUACAUCGAGAACUGGGUGGACGCCGAGGGGCCAGUGGCGAACGGCGGCGACGAGGACGUCAUUCGGGGGAGCGGAUAUCCGUCGGAUCCCAAGACACAAGCAUACCUCCGCAACUCCAUUGACCCCGUGUUCGGCUACCGCGGCAUUGUGCGCUUCUCCUGGGCGACGGUCAAGGUGCUGCUCGAGAAACAGGCCGCACCAUGCGCUUGGGCCGAUGACGUUACGCAGCCAUCAGCUGCAAGCUACUUCAAUGCCGAUGCGGACCGAGGUCAGCCCAAGGUCUGGCGGCAGCUGGGUGUGUCGUCAGUCGGCGAGCUGUAA